AUGUCGAACACGGAACCCGAGGGACCAGCGACAACGACCUCGCCGGCGCAAGCAAACCACUCCCUUACGCUCACGGCCCUCCCCACCCUCAAACCAGACUUGUAUGAGCGCGCCUGGGCCUCGAUACCGCACCCAACGCUGCCCCUCCUCGCGACGGCGCACCAAAAGGCCGUCACCGUCUUCUCCCUCUCGUCCCUGACCUCGCACAGCACCUUGACGGGCGGCCACACGCGCUCCGUCCGCUCCGUCGCCUGGAAGCCGAAUCUUGGGCCCCAAAAGCUGUGUCUGGUGAGCGGCAGUUUUGAUUCGACCGCGGGACUCUGGCGCUGGGAAGGCCCAUCCGAUGGCGGCGCCAACCUCGAGACCGAAGUGACGGCCGCGACAAGUACCAACAGGUUAGGAGCAGGGUCCGAUGACGACGACGACGAAGGGGAAAAGGACUGGGAAUUCACGCUCGUGCUCGAGGGCCACGACUCCGAGGUCAAGUCGGUCGUCUUCUCGCCGAGCGGACAGUACCUGGCCACGUGCAGCCGGGACAAGUCGGUGUGGAUCUGGGAGGACGUGGGCGUGACCGAGGCCGACGACGAGUGGGAGACGGUGGCGGUGCUCAACGAGCACGAGGGCGACGUCAAGGCCGUGGCCUGGUGUCCCGACACGCCCAACCGCAACGACCGCGGCCGCUACUCGUCCGACGUGCUCGCCUCGGCCAGCUACGACGACACGGUCCGCAUCUGGCGCGAGGACGGCGACGGCGAGUGGGUCUGCGUCGCCGUCCUCGAGGGCCACGCCGGCACCGUCUGGGGCGUCCAGUGGGAGCAGAACCCCCGCCACGACCGGUUCCCGCGCCUGCUGACCUGGAGCGCCGACGGCACCAUUCGCGUGUGGACGCUGCACGAGGAGUCAGACGACGGCGAUGAGGAAGGCGCCCAGGACCGCCCGCAGCAUGCUUGGGGUGGCCUCGGCGGGAUACCCAACACCAUGAGGCGCUCGCUCAAGGAGGAGUGGUCCGCCGAGUCAGGCCUCGUGGCCAGCACGGGCAGCGACGGCGUGGUGGCCGUGUACCGCGAGGCCGACGGCAACAACAACAACAACAACAACGUACAUGCAACGACAGAUGCCGAGGCAGCUGCCGAGCUAGACGGGGACGUCCACAUGACCAACGGACAGACGACAUCAGCGGCGGAAUCACCGUCAUCGUCACUGUGGAAUAUCGUGGCAACAACAUCAAAUGCUCACGGCCCGUACGAAAUCAACCACGUCACGUGGUGUAAACGCUUCGACUCGGGUUGCCCGCCAGAGCGGAGAGGCGUCGAGGAGAUGCUGGUCACAACGGGAGACGACGGUAUUGUGCGGCCAUGGCAACUAUCUUAA